AUGCUUGGGAGAUGCUCAGCAUGCUACCGCAUGAUCUGCGAGUGCAAGUGGAAGAAGGCUCAGGAGGAAGAGAAAGAAGCCAAGACGCUGCCAGCCCACCAGCGCGGGUUCGACGUCAACAGCAGGAGCAGCCCGACCUCGCGAUCAAGCAAGAGAGCAGUUGACGUUCGACCCCAGUCAACGUGGGGGUCAAGACCGAUGGCAGGCCCUCGCUCGCCAGUCAGCUCGAGCAUCGACCUCAAUGGGAACCCCAAGGCAAGGGAAGGGACUCGACAACCUGCCGGAUCGGAUCCGAAUGGCAACGGGGCUCAUGGAAACACUCCUUCGAAACCCACCAGUGCUCCCCCCUCUCAGCGACGGCCCAGCAGCAGUGGCGUACUGACUUCGAGGGACGAGACGAACAGGAGUGUCGGCUCCAGCAUCAUACAGGCAAGUCGUGAUGGAACUCGGCAACGUAGCCAGCGAGGCCAGGUUGAUCCAUCCAGCGGCAAUUCCAAACAAGAGAGCAGCAGAGCAAGCGUUGCCGCUCUAUCUGUCGAGUGCAAGCACGAGCAUGCAACUGAACUUUCUGGAGAUGAUACUCUGUGUGAUCAAGAAGCCCUCGUUGCUGUGAAGAAGCAACAGGUUGAAACGAUCCUGUACGUGAACCAACACGUUUCCCGGCCUCAGGCGACAAGUGAAGAUCAGCUCCGAGCAAGGUCCGAGGGUGAUGAUGAUGUUGGGGCAGAACACUCGGGUUGCAGAAACGAACUGACGAGAUCAAUCGACCUGCGAGAGGAUGAAGCCGCUCGUGCUCACUCGGCCGGGUUGCUUCUGCCGCAUUCUCCCACCAGUCCUAAUGUACAGGAGAGGGAGGAGGAGGAGCAGCAGGGCAAGGAGCAAGGUAAUGCCUCUUGCUCCAGCACUCCUCUGGGGGACGAUGAGCUUGCAAAGCUACAACUCAAUCACGAUGACUCCAUACUUCCACUCGACGAUGUUGAACGAUCAUACUCGCACCUGGAGGACUCAGGUUGGUCAGUCAAAACCCCGUCCGAGGAUGGCAGAGAAACGGUGGCCGAUAUCUCUCAAAGCUGCCAGGCAGAGGAGCGAGCCGAUGGCGUGGAGGACGUCGAGCUGCGCUCAAAGAAGUUUUCGUCAUCGUCCUUCCCGUUACCUGUCACAGCAUCUCCGAUGUGGAAAGACGUUGAACCAAACGGAGCAGACUCAGGAGGGCUGCCAUCGAAGCAGCUGCAUGGCAACAAGAGUGAAGUCAAUGAAGAGGAUCUCUUGGAGUGGGUGCACUCAGUGGUGGGCAGGCGGUAUACUUUGGAGGAGCUGAGGGAUGGACACAUACUGUGUAAGAUCGUGGACAACGCUUACGAUGGGACCUUCCCCAUGAGGAGGAUCUAUCAAGUCGCCACUCACGACUACCAGCGAGAAAGGAACUUCCACGUCCUGCACUUCUUCCUCAACAGCCUGGGUGUCAAGACUGAGGUCAACGUGGCGUCGUUGUGGGAGGCGGGCCCGGGGUCUCUCCUCAAGUUCUUCGACUGGCUCCGAUCACACUGUGAGGAUCUGCAGCGGCAGCGCUUGAGGGCCUCGCACUGCUCGCCUCCUCAUGGGUUGUGGAAAAGCCUAGACGAUCCGACAUACCAGGCUCCCAAGGCGAACGUCUCCUGGCGCACGUUCCCCAUCCUUCCGAUCGCGAGUCGCGGGCUGCAGGCGCGAGCGACCGAUCAGAGCGGCUCCAACACAUUCACGAAGCUCACGCAAGCCGAUGGGCUCGUGCGGGUGGCUGGAUGCCACAAACUUGAGAGCGUCAACUCGCCGGCGAGGAGGCCCUCGUUCCCUGAGCCUUGUCCUUACUGCAGCUCCACGGUCGACAAGAAGUUGAUCUGCGAGAUGCAGGAGCUGGAAGUGACGCAGCAGCUCGCCCGUCUGCUGGACUCAAUCCGAGCCAAUGACUCCAACAACAUUCUCGUCCAGCAGAGCCUCGACGUGCUCGAGAGCUCGUUGGCUCGCACCGAGUCUCUCUUAUCGCAGCUCCUCUUGCAGGUCAAUCCUCCUCACGGCUCGAUGAGAAGUGCAGGACAAGAUCAGCGGCCGCGUCGAUCGCCCCCGUCCCCGCCCUCCACUCACAGCUUUCUCAGAGCCAAGAUGUUGAGCUCCUGCUGCAAGGCCAAGAACAAGGUCUUCAAACUUAGACGAGAGCGCAGGAGGUCUUGUGACCGCAACGAGCGACGGGAAGAGGAGGAAGAAGAUGAGGAUGAGGAGGAGGAGGAGAAGCACCCGACUCUUUGGCACACGGCUCGCUCUCACAGCCACUCCAACGAGGAGCAGGUGGAGAAUGGUCAUGUGACCCCAGCGAGGUUCUCUCAUGGCAAGCUGUCGUCGAUCUGCUUGGACGAGCCGAGCAGGUUUGACUCUCCUCCCUUCCUCGCCUCCCCUGUCUCUCAGCCCUUCAAUCGCCGCAAGAGGAUGCUGGACGCCAGCUCGAACGAGGAUGAUGAUGAUGGUGAGGAGGAAGAGGAGGAGGGAGACUUUCAGGGGUGUCACAGGAGGCUCGGGGACGUCGGGCUGAUCGUCGGCUUCGACCAGGCCCGGAACUGCCUCACGGUCCAGCGCAUCCGAGCUGGCAGCGCAGCUGAGAAGUGCGGGGCGAUCGAGGAAGGGGACCAGCUGGUAGGCAUCAACGGAUCCUCCGAGCUCCACAGCCCAGGAGAGGUCGAGCAGAGGCUCUUGGGCGAGCACGGCAGUCUCGUGCGGGUGAGGCUGAAGAGGCAGUGGAACAUCUUUGACGUGACCCUGUCAAGAGACUCAGUCGUGGCCCUGUGGAUCUAA